CUCGUUCUAUGAUCGGGAGCAAGCUCGUAUACAUUAUGUUCAUAGAGCAGUGUGACCAAGAACCAGAGGCCCCAAGAGCGCGUUGGAGGGCUUCAAGGAGCAAAGAGGGGAGGGAAGCCUGCCAAAAUCCCUGGGGACCUUUGAAUAAAAAGGCAACCUGUGGAGUCGCAGUUAUCCCACUCACCACUCUGUUGUCCCAUAAUUUGCCCCAUAAAAUGUUCCCUUUUGGUGAUUCAUGUCGCAAACAGGAAACGACUUCUGUCAGAAAGAGAUGGAUUUACAAGGAACCAGAGUCUGACAUCCCAAUCCAACAACCUAUAAGCUCUUAAGUUACGAGAAUUUAAUAUUGGCUUCUCAUGCACGUGGCACGGUGGUUGUCGGCGGAAAGAAAUUGUUUAUAGAAUUCGUAGGUUGAGUCAGAAUCACAACUGGUCGGUGGGAUGUUGUGCCAAUAAUAAGAGAGCCAGGUUGAAUUACAGACGUUGCACCGACCAAGGACAAGGCUGUCAUUCAUUCGCUCGUUUCUACGAUCGAUCACUCAUUCAUCGCGAACCUUUGUUUAUAUUUCUAAUUAUUUAAAAUAUUUGUAUUGCCUGUCACCAGGGACCCGGGUAGCUCACGAACCGAAAGGAACUUCAAACUUCUCUUAUCAGACGCACAUGCCGAAUCCGGAAGUAGUACGGAAAACGAGGCGGUGCAGACUUUGAGGCACACGUACCAAGAACGUACGUGAUAAACAGGCCUGAGCUGGAUAGGAAUGGAACUGGGAAGGCCACCUGCCACAUAUUAAAAAAAAACAACUUUUUUCUGCUUCCAAGCAAGGCACUUAGGGAUCAUCUAUAUAUUACGUGAGACGUUUUUCUUUUGUUUAUAUAGUUGUGUCCUUCUCAACUUCACAGCAAUUUUAUGCUCGUCUUUAUUCAAACAAAAGAAAAACGUGUUACGUAAUAUAUGGAUGAUCCCUUAUUCUUUUCAAUAAGUUGAUUCAAAUACAGUUUUUUAAAAAUCUUUUUCAUUCAGAGCUAUUUUAUCAAAU